AUGCGCCAUCGUCUAAAUGAUUAUGUGAAAGAGCUCGAAGAAAAGCUGCGGAAGUUGCAGCCGGACGAGACAAGAAAAGAAAAUGUCGAAGUCGAGACGAUAAAGAGCCAAUCGCCCGGAAGACGAUCUCUAAAGCAUGAUCGAGCACCGGCAGUACCUACGUAUCUGGAUCCACUUGCGGAGCUAGGUGUUAACAAGAAGUACUACAACUGGGAUGUGGUAUCAAUACGAAAGCCUCAAACCCACCAGCAAACGUACGGGACGUCUUCUUCUUUUUACUACAUCAAUCAGAUGACAGUCUAUAUGAACGCUGUCUUAAGAGAAAAGCUCAACCAUGCGCGCCUUGACACUGUCUACAAACCAUAUCACGCCGGUCCCGAUGGCGAUGCGCUCCACAGCAGUCACGAUGGUAGCCAUCUGACAGCAUCCAAGGAUGGGUUUGACUUGUCCAGAUUUGCAGAGGAGACUUAUCUGUCUGGAUUCUGGACUGAUUUUGAUAACGUCGCUCUCAUCGUCAGUCGAGACGAAUUUGAAAGACGCUUUGAUUCACUUUGGCAAUCUUUUCGAGCUCUACGACUUCCUUCGGCUCUUGUGGACGUCAUACUCGCUUUGUGCAUGCAACGCAGUGCUCAAAUAUCUUCGACAAAUUUAAAACACCAUGGCUUACAAAACCCGGAAGUGGCUGGUCUAUGGUGGCAUCGCAGGAGUCAACGGCUUCUCGUCGACGAUCUUGAAGAGCCUUCUAUCGCGACCUUUCAGUGUCACCUGCUGAGUGUAAUGUGGCUCUCGAAUGCAGGGCUUCACAACACUGCACACAGCGUCAUGGCGAGUGGCAUCCGGGUUGGCAUCAUCUUAGGUCUUCACCUCGAAACUCCGGAGACCCUAUCUCUUGAGCACCGCGAGUUCAGGAAGCGACUAUGGUGGACUACGUACGCGCUGGAGAUGAAAUUCGCCAUGGACCUCGGACGUCCUAUUGCUGUUAAUUGCAAACAGGUCACCUGCUGCCUACCGUCUGAGAAAGCUCCCAUUCCCGACAGUGCAAAGAGUGCGUUGUCGUACAAUAUCCACCUGAUCAAGUUGCUUUUGGCAGGUCGGGCCGUCUACAUUACGUUUUAUCGCCGAUGCGCAGAAGAGCUUGAUUCAAGCGGCAAGGAAACGAUCUACGAAGACCUCGCCGUACUAGAAGAAUGCGCAAAGUUUCUCGCUUCUAACAUCAUCUACCUGCGGACUUGGGCGAAACAUGUUCCAAGCGCACUUCAAACGAUCCCCGGUAAAGCAUUCUCAGUCGACGAUAUAAAGCUGGACUUCAGCGAUAGUGAAAUAUACAUUCCUUUAAGACGACAAAGCAUACUUCUGGAACUCCACUAUCACACUAUGGCGAUGAACUUGUUCCGCCCAUUCAUCGCCUUCUCGACAUCACAACGCCCAGCAAUGCCGAAUACACAGACACAUGCUCUCUCCUGCGCCAAGCAUGCAGCCGCUAUAACUAGCAUCCUGGAACAAACGUGCACUAAGUCGAAUUACCUAGACGGCAUGCUCGAAGUGUGGCAAUGGCAGUGGUCUGCAGCACUGUCCCUCGUCGGCUAUAUCCUGGCAUAUCCUCACAAUCCCGUUUCCCCUUCCGUUCGCCGCUCUAUCGAUACCGCAAUCUCUAUUUUGCGCACCUGUUCAAAGGACGUCGCAGCUGAGGUCAUCCAUGAGCUAGUCGCCAAAGCCGACGCUUUACACCCCGGAGUCCAGCACUCGUGCGAGACUGUAGACUCCACAAAUUUAGCGGAGCAAGGUACACAAUCCCUGGAGACAUUAGUAUCCGGUGGAUUGGGUUGGGAUUUUGGGGACGAUUUCCAUAACGUGGCUGAAGGCUUGGACGAUCUGUCGGGUGGAAGCAGCGUGAUGUGUGGAGCAGGCUCAUCUUUUGCGCUUGAAGGCCUUGAUUGUGGCGAUCAGAGCAUGUUCGACCUCUUGGACUUUGAAGGCGUGGAUAAUCUUGAGCAAUAA